CUGCUGCUGCUGCUGGGGCUGUGCGCCGGGCGGGCGGCGGGCCGGCAGCUCCGCUACUCGGUCCGGGAGGAGCUGCCGCACGGCGCCUUCGUGGGCAGCGUGGCGAGCGACCUGGGCGUGGAUCCGCGGCGGCUGGCGGCCAGGGGAGCGCGGAUCACCUCGGGCAGCGGCCGGCAGUACCUGGAGCUGGAGCUGGGCCGCGGGGCGCUGCUGGUGCGGGAGCGCAUGGACCGCGAGGCGCUCUGCGAGCUGAGCCCCUCCUGCUUCCUCAGCCUGGAGCUGGUCAUCGAGCAGCCCAUUGAGGUGCACAACGUGGAGGUGGAGGUGCUGGACAUCAAUGACAACGCUCCGCGGUUCCCCCGCCAGGAUUACCGGCUGGAGAUCAGUGAGUCUGCCGUGCCCGGGGCUCGUUUCCACAUUGAGAGUGCCCAGGACCCUGAUGUGGGCACCAACUCUGUGCAGAACUAUCUGCUCAGCCCCAGUCGCCACUUUGCCCUGGACCUUAAAGGCUUCCAGACUGGCAGCAAACUCCUGGAACUCGUACUGCAGCAGCCGCUGGACCGGGAGCAGAGUGCCCUGCAGCAGCUGGUGCUGACUGCUGUGGAUGGGGGGGAUCCCCCCAAAUCCGGUACAGCCCAAAUCUCAGUGCGGGUUGUGGAUACCAAUGACAACCCACCUGCCUUUGACCGCUCCACCUACACCGUGAGCCUGCUGGAGAACUCCCUGCCUGGCACGCUAGUGGUCAAACUGAAUGCCUCAGACCCGGAUGAGGGCUCUAAUGGGGAUGUGAUCUACUCCUUCGGCAGCUACACCCCCCAGAAGGUGAGACAGCUCUUUAGCGUGGACCCCCAUUCAGGGGAGGUGCGGGUUAAUGGCACUUUGGACUAUGAGGAGGCAUCCUCCUAUGAGAUCUACGUGCAAGCCACUGAUCAGGGCCCUGUCUCUAUGGCUGGGCACUGCAAGGUGCUGGUCAACAUUGUGGAUGCCAAUGAUAAUGCUCCUGAAGUGGAGCUGACCUCCCUGUACAGCCCAGUACCGGAGGAUGCAAGGUCAGGAACUGUGGUGGCCCUGAUGAGUGUCACUGACCAGGACUCGGGGCUGAACAAGCAGGUGAGCCUGCGCAUUCCGCCCGGCCUCCCCUUCACUCUCAACUCCUUCAAGAACUCCUACACCUUGGUCACCCAAGGCAAACUGGACCACGAGAAAGCAGCAGCCUACAACAUCACAGUUACUGCUACUGAUUCUGGGAGCCCACCUCUGUCCUCCCAGAAGGUGAUCCACGUGGAGAUCUCCGACAUCAAUGACAAUCCCCCGCGCUUUGAGGAGCCUGUGUACUCAGUUUACAUCCCUGAGAACAACCCCCUUGGAGCCUUCCUGUGCACUAUUAAAGCCACUGACCCAGAUGUCGCCAAAAAUGCCUAUGUGUCCUACUCUCUACUAGAUGGAGAGAUUGAAGGGCUACCUGUUGCUUCCUAUGUCUCCAUUAAAUCUGAUAGUGGCAACAUGUAUGCUGUCAGGUCCUUUGACUAUGAGACACUGAGGGAGUUCCAGGUGACUGUCCAGGCUCAGGAUGCUGGGAUCCCACCACUGAGCAGCACUGUCACUGUCUACAUCUACGUGGUGGACGAGAAUGACCAUGCUCCACAGAUUCUGUAUCCUACCUCAACCAACACUUCAGCAGCCCUGGAGAUGAUCCCACGCUCGGCAUAUGCUGGAUAUUUGGUAACCAAAAUUAUAGCCAUUGAUGGGGACUCAGGACAAAAUGCCUGGUUGUUCUUCUACCUGGUGCAAACCUCAGAUCCGGGUUUGUUCAGGAUAGAGCUCCAUACUGGGGAGAUCAGGACUACCCGUAAGCUGGGGGAGGACAGCACACCUACUUUCAACCUGACGGUGGAGGUGAGAGACAACGGAGAGCCAUCGAUGUCCUCAUCAGUAGCCAUCACUAUUGCUGUGGUGGACAGAGUUUCCAAAAUCAUCCCUGAUAGAAGAAGACACUUUAAAAGCCCAAGCAAUUACUCAGAGGUCACUCUUUAUCUCAUUAUCGCUUUGAGCGCCAUCUCCUUCGUUUUCCUUUUCACAGUCAUUGGGCUUUCUAUUAUCAAGUGCUACAGAUACAGUCUGUAUGGGAGCUCCUGCUGUGCAGGGUGCUGUACGGUCAGAGAACGGAGCCCUGCUGAAUUGUACAAGCAGGCCAACAACAACAUUGAUGCUAGAUUACCCCAAGGUUUAAAAGUACAGCCCCAUUUCAUUGAAGUGAGGGGCAAUGGGUCUCUCACUAAGACCUACUGCUAUAAGGCUUGCCUGACCGCAGGAUCAGGAAGUGACACUUUCAUGUUUUACAAUACCUGUGGCCCUACAGGAACUACUGGUCCCUCUGCAGUGGUGACUGAGAGGCAUCUGACAGGACAAAGUGGGCAGAGUGCACAAAACCUGAUCAUACUUAGAAAUGACUCCAUUACUCCCAAUGAGCCAAAGCACCCCAAUCCGGACUGGCGCUACUCUGCAUCCCUGAGGGCAGGAAUGCAAAGUGCUGUGCAUAUGGAGGAGGCAGGAGUCCUGCGUGGAGGACCAGCAGGGCCUGAUCAGCAGUGGCCAACAGUCUCCAGUGCUACAGCAGAACCUGAGGCGGGCGAGGUGUCCCCCCCGGUGGGAGCUGGUGUGAACAGCAACAGCUGGACCUUUAAAUUUGGACCGGGCAAUUCCAAACAAGGUGGUCCUGGUGAGUUGCCAGACAAAUUCAUUAUCCCAGGAUCUCCUGCAAUCAUCUCCAUCCGGCAGGAGCCACCAAACAGCCAAAUUGACAAAAGUGACUUCAUAACCUUUGGCAAGAAAGAAGAGACCAAGAAAAAGAAGAAAAAGAAGAAGGGAAACAAGACUCAGGAGAAAAAGGAAAAGGGCAACAGCACCACUGAGAACAGUGACCAGUGA